AUGAAUUCAAAUUCAUUAUCAUCGACUUGUCGAAUUCUCUUAAAUGCUACUUGGAAAAAUAGUGGUGUAAUUCAUUUUUCAAAUGCUGGCAAGCCACCGUCGUCUCUAAGCAAUCCAUUAGAUUUAUUUUUAGAUAAUAAGAAUAAUUACAUUUACAUUGUUGGUAUCAACAAUAGUCGAAUUCAACGAUUCGCACGUGAAAAUAAUCGCUCAAUAGAAACUGUUGCUAAAUUAGGUGUGCAUUUACCACAAAGUAUAUGGGUUGGGAGUAAUUCAGAUGCGGAUUUAAAUAUCUACAUAUCUUAUAAUCUCGUUGUUCGAAAAUGGUUUGCACCAGACUACUCAUAUCGCAUCGUCGUACCUGGUCAAUGGAAAAAUUCUGUUGAUAAUUCGAUUGGACCCAUUGGUACAAAGGUGGUAUUGAAAAAUAGACAUAUGGUUCUUGGAAUGCUACCGUUCUUCUCUCAAAUUUACCUGGUUGUUAUGAUCUGCCAUUCCUGGCAGCUCAUAAAACUAUGUUCUCUUCUUCUUUUCCUUUCUUUCUGUUCAUUUCGUUCGUGACUCAUUGUGUUCUUGUACUAUCCUUACGUAAUCCUGUUCUUGCGCAACACUUGUUUCAUCCUUUCUUUUCUGUUUUGCAGUUGUUUUCCGAACUCUUUCUGUUGCGCAACUCCUGCGCAACUCUUGGACAACUGUUGCUUCUUUCUUGUACUAUAUAUAGCCGUUCACUGUAUGCAAAUAAAUAUGAGAAGUGAGUGAGUAGAACCUCACACUGGCGCAAAGACAAUGAUCUUCAAUUGUAAUAUAAAUAUUUAUUGUGUUACUACAGAUCAACAGGGGCUAUAUCAAUUUAAUCCACUAACACAAAAACUGAACUGCUGCAAGAAAUAAUUUAGAUAAUCCAUCUGCAAUUAAAUUCGAUAGAGAUGGAAAUCUCUAUGUUCUUGAACGCAAGCAAAAUCAAUUAAAAAAAUUUUCAGUUAUUCCAAAUGAGUAGUUGAAUCAUCAAGUCCCUUUUUCCGAAGAUGUUUUUUCUAUUUCAUAACGUAAAGCGUGAAAAAAUAUUGUUAAAGCUGUAAAAAGAAUUUUUAAAAAUGAAAUCAAAAAUUCUAGAAAAAAGAGAUAACCACCAUACACUUUUGAGGUUCCCGGACUUCAGAUUUUGUCGAUAGGUAGGUCCCUGCAGAUUGUCAGUAGCGCCCAAACCAUGGUAGAUGGAGACUUGGGACUUGCGGUAUGUCGUAGAGUGACAUAUGUCAUAUAUUCACAUUGUUUAAAGCAGUACUUUGCUAUGUUUGCAGAAAAACUGGACACAGUGCAAAUUAUUGUUUCCAACAAAGAGGCAACUCUCAGCUUAGCAUUAUAAGAACUUAAGCUUAAAUUAACAUUAAAGUAAGGCGUUUUUCCAUACUGACUUUUAAAAAGUAAAUGGUGAUCGAGCACAUUAACAUUACUACGUAUGAGAAAACUACCGAAAUCAGAGAAGAAAAGAUAAUCCAGUAUAAUGUAAACUCAUUUUAUCGUUCAUGUAUACUUUCCUCAAAAGGUAAAUUUACACGUGUCUGAGAGGUCAUAUUUUCGCUCUAAUGUAAAUAGAAACCAGUCUUCAAUGUCAGUAUAGGCGAAUAUCUAUAUUUUAUUGUAAGUUCACACUAAACGAAAAUUAUUAAGAAUUUAGUUUGAAUUAAUAUUAAAGCAAGGUGUUCUUUCGUGCUGACUUUUACAGUAAAAAUGUCGAUAGAGCAGAUUAACAUUAAUACAAAGAAUAAAACUACCAAAAAGACAAAGUGGGUAGUAUUAACUUAGGUUAUAAUGAAAAAAUAACCGAAGAUAAUGUUAAUUUACCUUACACUUUUUACAGUGUAUAGGAUCGUCGCUGAAAGCAGUUAUUUCUUGACUAUUGACAAUACAAAUAAGUUUCGUCCAUAAUAACACAACCUCUCGACUGCCCAUUGAACAGAAGUGUUUUGGUUACUUCAGUAGUGUGCCGAUCGAUUAUCUGUUUUCUGCUGAUAUGAUUGAGACCGAUGUUAUCCGGAACGAAUUCUUUCAUGAGUGCUUCUCGAACUUGACGAAGGAUAUGUGAUACUUUUUGUUUGUUUUUCAAGAUGAAAAUAGAAGACAGCACGGCGUGGCUGAUCCCUAAUCUCAUCUUGCAUAAAAAUACGGCCAGAGCAGUACGAACAGAGCGAAUCUUAGAGUUUCGAAGACCUGGAAUUCUGGAUAGUAAAUCAUCAAAAUCACCUUGAAUAAAGAGAAGUAUUUGCGUACUAGAAUCAUGCUAUCCAUCUCUAAUCAUACUGACUUUUCUUUAAACUUGUUAGAUUGUAAUAAGCAGUAUCACUCAAAAUCAAGUGCGUUCUUUUGCAUCACGGCUGAAACUUUGCGAA